CAGGGCCUUCAAUCAAUUGCCACAAUUCUACCUCAUCGCUUCCGGAGCAAGAUCUUCUUUUCGGCGCCCUCGUUGGCAUGCGAUCAUUCUGGUCUGCCCGCAACAGUCAUAUCACUGCUCCAUCUUCUUCCGUUGACGGGCUCUACGACCAGAUCGCGGCAGUUCUACAUCGCUUCCAAAAAUACCUUCUCUUCUGCCGGCAGCAGUCACAUUACUACUCCAUUUUUUGCCGAUGACACGGUUUACGACCACGCGCUGCAAUUCUACGCCAUCAUUUGGAAGCAACUUUUUCUGGUCUGCCCAACAGUCACGUCACAACCCGAUUUUCUUCCGGUUAAAGGUCUACGACCGAUCGCUGCAAUUCCACCUCAAGGUUUUCGAAGCGACUUUUCAUCUGUCCGCAGCAGUCACAUCACAACUCCAUCUUUUUUCUUCCGUGACACGGUCUAUGACCAUUAG